AUGUCCCAUGUAUGGAGCUCCAAUUUGGGCUGGGAGACUGUCGGCCGUCAACUGGGGCGGUUGCAAAGAGUGAUGGCGACGCGAGCGGUGCGUGGGCAUCGUACCAUCUCCUGCGAUGCGGCAUGCCUACUCGCUGGGAGUGUCCCGUGGGACAUUGACGUAGAAGCUCUUGCCGACGUUUAUUGGCGUUGCGCAGCGGAUCGCGCGGGGGGCAGCAACCCCCUCCCGGACGUCGUGCGUCGGUGGAGGGCUGAGGCGAGCGAGAGGUCGUUAGACCUUUGGGCGGAGCGUUUGCAGGAACCGCUGAUAAGCGUCGUUCUGAUAGAAGCAAUCCGCUCACUAUUUAAAGAGUGGGUAAAACGGAGACACGGAGCACUCUCCUUCCAUCUGACACAGAUGCUGACCGGGCACGGCUGCUUUGGUCGGUACCUGUGCCAGAUCGCGAGGAGAGAGAGUGACACAAGGUGUCACCACUGCCUUAACGAAAUGGACACGGCCGAACACACAUUGUCGACCUGUCCAUCUUAG